GGCACCUUCCUGUCUAUGUUCCCAAUAGUGCCAGACCAGGAUAACUCUGACAACAACACCAUCUUUGUACAAGGCCUUGGAGACUCCUAUACCGUGGACUCUGUGGCAGAUUUCUACAAGCAGAUUGGCAUAAUCAAGAUCAACAAGAAGACGGGCCAGCCAAUGAUCAACCUCUACACGGACAGAGAGUCAGGGAAGCUCAAAGGCGAGGCUACCGUGUCUUUUGAUGAUCCCCCCUCAGCCAAGGCUGCAAUCGACUGGUUUGAUGGGAAAGACUUUAACGGAAACCCCAUCAAGGUGUCCUUUGCCACCCGCAGAGCAGACUUUGGGGGCAGGGGUGGCGGCAUGAGAGGAGGUGGUCGUGGACGAGGAGGCCCGAUGGGUCGUGGUGGGUUCGGAGGAGGCCGAGGAGGUGGAUUCUCUGGUGGCAACGGAGGAAGUGGUGGUGGACAGCAGAGGGCUGGAGACUGGAAGUGUUCAAACACGGAUUGUGGCAACAUGAAUUUCUCAUGGCGUAACGAGUGUAACCAAUGCAAGGCGCCCAAACCUGAUGGGGCUGGAGGGAUGUCACCUCCUUUGGGAGGAGGAGGUUACGGAGGAGAUGGAGGCAGAGGCAGCUUUGACCGUGGAGGCUUCCGGGGCCGGGGUGGGGACAGAGGGGGCUUCAGAGGGGGCCGUGGGGGUGACCGGGGAGGAUUCGGGCCUGGCAAAAUGGACGGGAGGGGAGAACACAGACAGGAUCGUCGAGACAGACCCUAUUGAUCGACAGUCCAGGCUGGAACAUACCUUCACAUUUCCUUCAACUCUGUCCCAGUGUACUAGAAUCAGCACCGAUUCCCAACCUGCCUGGGAGUAGCUACCCACCUACAACCCCAACUCUUUUAUACAUUUCUAGAAUCUGUUACUGGGAGUGUGUAUUCUAACCAUGUGUAGACAUGACACAUUUUUUGUCUGUCUCUCUUCCUUACAAGUAGACACACACUCACUGAUUUCCAAACCUCUGUAUUUCCUUAGUUUAGUGUUCCUAAUUUGAAGAAAAAAGCUGUUGUUGAAGAUACAUAUUACGUUGCAGUAAAUGGGGUUGUUUGGAUUAUUUACCGUUUGAUUUUAAAUGAAAGUGUUUAUAAAAUAAAACGACUAGAAUAGUUUAUUUCAUUUUUUAUUUGACACUGCAUUUUGAUAACUAGUCUAUACCUAUAAACUUUUCCUCUAACGUGAAGAAGCUUUGAUUCUGGACUGUGAUACAAAUACUAGAAGACUUCAUCUCACAUUCCAUCUAUAGACUGGAAGUACCCUUGUGAAUCAGUUAAAACACUGCAUGAGUGAUUGGUUUGUUGAAGCAAUACUAUUGGAGUCAUCAGCUCUUGCAGUUUUAGACAAUACAGUAUAUAUGCAGGGUUUUUUCUGCAUUGAAAAGACUAACCGUGCGUGUCCACUACAGCGAAGCAAGCGGCGAGUCGGCUUCCAAUUCAUUUUCAAUGAAACCGGGUGAUGCUCCCACAAUGCCCUGCGCGAGCGUCAACGCCCGGUUUCAUUGAAAAUGAAAUGAAAGCCGAC